UGCUAGAUGCCGUUCGUGCCCAGCAUGGCAGACGGCUGAUGAUGAAAUAAAGCAAUAAAGCAAGAAGUUUCAUCCUGAUUAUUUGCCUUUAUCCUCUUCUUUCUUCUUCUACCCUUGUCAUGCUCAUUCCUUUUGACAUCUAGCAGAAACCACUUAUUUAACCAUCCAGUCUCAUAUAAUUUUUGUCAACAAAACGCAAACUGUUUUCCACUCCACGAAACUUCCCACAAGACCUGACCCCCAGCAUCUCAUCUUAUCAAACAAAACAACAAACUCUCUACAAACACCACGAGCCUCACCUACUCCAAAUCGAUUACCAGCCCCUCUCCUCAAACAUCCCAAAACUCAAUCCCAGAAAUGUCUCCCUCAGCAACCCAAAAAUCCGCCGCGAAACACAACACCGACACACCCUCUACCAGCGUAUCUGAGAUCGAAGGCGAGGAAAACGAAUGGAAGUUCAGAGCACCCUAUAAGAUUCAUAGUAACAAGAAGGAUAAGGAGGGAAAGGAGAAUGGAGAGAAGAACGCUAAGGGUGGGAAAGAGAAGGGUGGAAAUGGGAAGGGAGGAAGUGAGGGGGAGGAGGAUGGGGAUGAGGAUGGGGAGGAGGAGUUCAAGGCGAUCUAUGAGGGAGGCUGUCAUUGUGGGAAGGUGAUGUAUCAGUUGGGGAGGGAGAGGCCGCUUGCGAGUAAAUUUUGUCAUUGUUCGACUUGUCAGAGGAUUCAUGGCGCCCCUUUCCAACACGCAGCCAUCUUCAAGAAAACAGACAUCAACUUCCUCAAAGGACACCACGACCUGCAAUGGUACGACAGUACGGAGAAAACCACGCGACACAAGCUGCCGUGUAAGGUCUCGUGUGCGUUCUGCGGGAGCUGGAUUAUGGAUGAGGGACGCAGGAUGAUCUUGUUGUUUCCGGGGUUGAUUGAUUUUAAGGAUAGGGAGGAGAGGGAGAGGUUUGCGCCAGAAUGCCAUAUGUUCUAUGAGAACCGCGUGGUGGAUAUCAAUGAUGGAUUGCCGAAGUGGAGUGGGAUGCAAAACAAGAGCGAUCUCAUUGCUGAUAGUCCGGUUGAGGCUGUGAAGAAGAGGAAGAGGGAGGUUACGGAGGAGGAGAGGGAGGAGAGAGCCAAGAGGAGGAGCGGAGAGGAGGGUGAGGAGGAGGGGAAGGAUGAGGAGAUGGAUGGUGAGGAGUGA